AUGGAUUUAAUUGAUAAUUCUACUUCAUCUACAAGUCAUGAUCUUAUGACUACAGAAGAAGAAAUUAAUUAUCAAGAGGAUUGUAGAUAUGAUGGAACACAUGAUCUACAUAUAAAAAUAUUUUAUAUUGGAGUGUUUGCAUUUUCCAUAGCAAUAAUUUCAUUUAUUUUCAAUAGUUUUUUAACAAUAGUUUUCCAGUUAAAUAGAAAUUUACGAGUCACAGCAACUUAUUAUUUUCAAAUACUAGCAAUAUUCGAUGUUUUUAUGGCAUUCAAUUAUGUUGCUUUAAUGGUUGUUCCUGUUUAUUUUGAUAAUUUUCAAAUAUUGUGGCUCUAUAACAUCUUUAAUUAUUAUGUUGUAUUUCUUUUGACGGAAGGAAAUGUCUCCAUUUUUUGUUCAGUUUUAUUACUUGUCAUGGCAACAGCUGAAAGGUGUUUUCUUAAUCUUCCAGGAUGUCAUGAAAUUUGGAUCAGUAAAUUUAUGAAAAAUAAUAGACGUCUAAUUACAGUAAUUGUUAUUUCUGUAUCAAUAUUAUAUAAAGGAAUGACAUAUUAUGAAUUAGUUAAUAUAGAAAAAGAAAAUUGUACUGAUUGGGAGAAAUAUGAAUUAUCAUUGUCUUCUCUUGCCACAAAUCCUACAUACAAUUUUUGGUUUAUGUUUUUAACUAGAAAUAUUUUUGAUCGAAUUUUACCUUUUAUAUUACUUAUAAUAAUGAAUUUUAUUAUCGUUCGCCAACUCAAAAAAGAUUCAGUUAAAAGUUUUCAAAAAAUUCAGGAAAAUUCUUACUUACCAAAUUGGAAUAGAACAUCUCACAAAAAAAUGAUAAAAGAUGCAACAAGAGCACUUGUAGCAAUUGUUAGUGUAAAUAUUUUAUGUCAAGCACCUCAAGUAUUUUUAACAACAUGGGAAAUAAUUAAUAAAGCAUCUCUGGAAAGUAAUGAACUUCGUACAUUUUAUUCCUACGCUAAUGAUACAUUAAGUAUCUUAUAUUUAGUUUCUAGUGCUUUAAGAUUACCAAUUUAUUUAUCAUCAAAUCGUCCUAUUAGAGUUGCCUCAAAAUCAACAAUUCAAAAAAUUUUUCCAUCAUGUUUUGUUAAAAAACGUCUCAUUGAAAAUAAUAAUAAUGAUACUAAAGGUAUUGUUAUUUCACAUAUUGGUAAUGGAAUAAAAAAUGAUAAUAAGAAUGGUGAUGAGAUUGUUUUACUACCUGAUCUACCAACUCAUGAUAGUCCUGGUAGUGAUGAAACACAAUGUGAUAUAUUUUUACCAUCUCCUAUUGGUAAAAAUGAUGGUAUGCCAACAAUUGUCAGGAAUACAGGAAAAAAUUUAUUUUUUAAAGAUAUGUCAAAAAACUCCAGUUCCCAAUUAUUUGUUUAA